GGUUAAAAUAAAACCAUGUCCCGUGUACGCCACGUCUUUACAGCUCAUAGCCCACACGUGUUCUCCCAUAAUUGGUCUUGCUUUUCUCGGUGGUUCCGUCGUCCGUUCACAUUCUCCACCAGGCGUCGGCAAUUCCAGCUUUAUAUAAGACCCAUCCCUCUUUCUUCUGCCAUCCAGUUUUCUUCGGUUGAAAGGGAAGAGUUCUCAAUUCGUUCUUGUAAGAUGCAGAUCUUCGUGAAGACCCUCACCGGCAAGACCAUUACCCUGGAGGUCGAGUCCUCGGACACGAUCGACAACGUCAAGGCCAAGAUCCAAGACAAGGAGGGCAUCCCCCCGGACCAGCAACGUCUUAUCUUCGCCGGCAAGCAGCUCGAGGACGGCCGGACGCUCGCCGACUAUAAUAUCCAGAAGGAGUCCACCCUCCACCUGGUGCUCCGCCUCAGGGGAGGGAUGCAGAUCUUCGUGAAGACUCUCACCGGCAAGACCAUCACCCUAGAGGUCGAGUCCUCGGACACGAUCGACAACGUCAAGGCCAAGAUCCAGGACAAAGAGGGCAUCCCCCCGGACCAGCAACGUCUUAUCUUCGCCGGCAAGCAGCUCGAGGACGGCCGGACGCUCGCCGACUACAACAUCCAGAAGGAGUCCACCCUCCAUCUCGUUCUCCGUCUCCGUGGUGGUAUGCAAAUCUUCGUCAAGACCCUCACCGGCAAAACCAUCACCCUGGAGGUCGAGUCGUCCGAUACGAUCGACAACGUCAAGGCCAAGAUCCAGGACAAGGAGGGCAUCCCCCCGGACCAGCAGAGGCUCAUCUUUGCCGGGAAACAGCUUGAAGACGGCCGGACCCUCGCCGACUAUAAUAUCCAGAAGGAGUCCACCCUCCACCUGGUGCUCCGCCUCAGGGGAGGGAUGCAGAUCUUCGUGAAGACCCUCACCGGCAAAACCAUCACCCUGGAGGUCGAGUCCUCGGACACGAUCGACAACGUCAAGGCCAAGAUCCAGGACAAGGAGGGCAUCCCCCCGGACCAGCAGAGGCUCAUCUUUGCCGGAAAACAGCUUGAAGACGGCCGGACCCUCGCCGACUAUAACAUCCAGAAGGAGUCCACCCUCCACCUGGUGCUCCGCCUCAGGGGAGGGAUGCAGAUCUUCGUGAAGACUCUCACCGGCAAGACGAUCACCCUGGAGGUGGAAAGCUCGGACACUAUCGACAACGUGAAGGCGAAGAUCCAGGAUAAGGAGGGGAUUCCGCCGGAUCAGCAGAGGCUGAUCUUCGCCGGGAAGCAGCUCGAGGACGGUCGGACUCUCGCCGACUACAACAUUCAGAAGGAGUCUACCCUCCAUCUGGUGCUCCGCCUCCGCGGUGGGAUGUGAAUUCUCAGCCGUUGAUCUGGUGGUCCUGGUGCUGUUCGCGUCCGGUCUGCGUCCGUGUUUUGUCUCGUGUGGUCACACGUGUCUGGUUCUGUUAUGCGUCCGUGGUUUGUCUCGUGUUUGUGUGGUGUCGUUGGCCGACUUAAUGUGGGCGGCUCGAAUCGUAUCCUUGUUUUCUUUUGUGUUCUGCUUCGGUGGGUGCUUUUCCUGCCGAAAAAUAAUGCCAGGACUAAACUUAUUUUGCGCCCAUGUUUGAAGAGAGAAAUUUUAUUUGGCGUAAAUUUGAGAGUAUUUAACCUUUUCUCCUGCA